GUUUUAAGUUUGCAAAUAAAAGCGGAGUUUCCUAACAACUCGCGUGGACGCGCUAUAACGUUUCGUCGCGACGGGUCCCUGACGUUUUUCGCACGCGACGAGAUUAGGCGACAGUAAAGCCCUUUCUUCUUCCUUUUCUUUUGUUAACUUCUAAUUCGAUUGUCUGUGCAUCAAAGGUAUAGGAGUCGAAUCUUUCAAAACGCUUCCAAAUCAAGUCUUCAUGUUCGAAUUUGAAUCAAUUUUUGCUGGGCUCGUAUAUCGACUUGAAAAUAAACCCACAAACUUGAUCGUUUUAAAAAUGACUUUAUUAUCACAUACGAAAUCGACUCGCCGAUGAUUCGGAGACGUCGAGUUAUUCGAAUUCGAGUCUCUUUGAUUCGAAAACGAGUCGAAUCGAACCUUGGGUGAUUCGAUUCGAGCAAUAAAACGGGAACAGAAUGUCAGAACAGUCCGUGUAACGUCUCGGCCCGAGAUCUCGAUUUUUGAAUUCAUUCGAGUUGGUGGGGAAAUCAGGGGAAAAGCGUAGAUGAGAUGAUGGGGACGUGGGGAGGUGGAAUCGUGUGUGUGUGUGUGUGUGUGUGCCAUUUUAACGCUGUACGUGGCGACGUGAUUAUAAGGAAGGACGUGAAAAAUAUAUCUUCUAUUUACUGUCGCAACAAGUAUACUUGCGAGAUAUAUUUUUGGUUACCGGAUACAUUUUUCAUAAUGGUUAGCAUGUGUUGCAUUUGUCGAAUAGAACAUGGAGCUGUGGAAAACGUUAGUCAUCAUGGUAACAGCAAUUGCACUGUACUUCUUUCUCUCAUGCCUACCGAAGAAAGAGGAUUUAAAAAUGAAAUGGUACGCAAAUAUCGGGCGCAAAGUUGGUCGAUGGAGCGCCGUUUGCAGUCAACAUUUUCAAGAAGAAGAUUUUCGUUACAAGAUAAUCGGCGGUGCCGUAAGGAGAUUUUUAGUGCCUACAGCAAUACCUUCUUUAUUGCUUAACAAAUCGGACGAUGUGCAAGUUAAGACUGAACGAACAAUUGAGGAUGACGUUUCACAAGCUACUCCAAACAUCGUUAAUGACACUGCAUUAUUGAACAAUUCAUCAGAAAUUAGUUUUGUAGAUUGUAAGGAAUACCAGAAUAUAAACAGUAUAGUCAGUGACGAAGGCAGCAAAGCACCAACCUUGGAAAGGCAAUAUUACGUACAAGUUAAGGCUGAACAGACAAAUGAGGAUAACGUUUCACAAGCUACUCCAGACUUAAACAUCUUUAAUGAUACUGCAUUAUUAGACGAUUCGUCAGAAAUUAGUUUUGAAGAUUGUAAGGAAUACCAGAAUAUAAACAAUAUAGGCAGUGACGAAGGCAGCAAAGCACCAAUCAACAUAGAAAGGGUAGUACAGCAGCCCCUUACAGAUGCAGAACGUUGGUGCAAUGCUCGCUAUAUAGGAGAUUUACAAAGAAUUGAUUUUACUUCCGAUAAGAGUUGGAUAAUUGUACAAGACUUUUUGAAAAAUAUGAGAAGAAAGCAAAGAACUUCGAACCAAAAAAUACACCGCUUAAAUCGCAAAGUUAAAUCGUUGAAAGCAUUACUUAACCAUUUCAAGCAGAAUAGCAAACUUUCAAAUAAAGCUGGCACUUCAUUAGAAAUAGGUAAUUAGUUUCUCUUACUGUAUUGACAAAUCUGAAUGUUAUAUGACGCAAUUAUGUUAGCGUAAAGAUGAAUAAUAAUUUACAAUUUACAAACCUAA